AUGCCGCCUCCCUUUUCUAUAACUCAGGAGGCAUGUGCCCAUUGCUGGGAUGAAUCGGCUGUUACAACUCCGCAUCAUCAGUCCGCCGUUCACAAGGAGGAGUGCGCUUACUGCUGCCGGACAUGCAUGCACAAUGGAGGUGUUUUGGUGUGCAUGUGUUGCCAUAUCGCCCUCUGUGAAGUGCACGUGAGGAAGCACGUUUCACUGCGCUCGAACCAUGCGAUGUACGUAUGGCUGAAGGAGUGUCCCCAGAAGGAGGAUGAUGCACCGAGGGAUGUGAACAAACUUGGCGUUGUACUCCCAAAAGAAUAUGAGAGCGCCAUCUGCUGCGCCCUGUGCUCACUCACGUUCUCGUCGCCCCCCGAGUUGCUUGAGGGAUGCUACCAGAGUAUCUUGAAUGCCACCUCCACAGGAGCGCAGGGAGCCAUAGACGCAAAUGAAGAGCAGUUUACUCGGCCUCAGUGUCCACAUUUGGUAUGUCUCGAGCAGCAACCUAGCCCAUUCUCACCGGCGCCGAGCCACAUGGAGACUUGUGUUGUUGCGGGUUGUGGUUGUCAGACGGAUAAUUGGAUGUGCGUGACAUGUGGGGCAGUUGGUUGCCCGCGACCUGAAGUAGGUGGCAGGGGCCAUGCACUGGAACACCACAACACCACGCAGCAUCCUGUUGUGGUCAAACUUGGCACGAUAACUCCGUCAGGCGCAGACUUCUACUGUUAUUCUUGCGAUGAUGAAGUAUCCGAUGUGCACUUUGAGGCCCAUAUGAAGCACUUCGGCAUAGAUGUGAAAACAUCAAAAAAAACUGCAAAAACUUUCGGAGAGAUACAGUACGAUUAUUGGUCGCAAUUUGACUUCAACCGGAUUACGGAAAGUGGGGAAACUCUUGUUCCAGUUUUCGGCCCUGGAAGAACCGGGAUGCGAAACUUCGGCAACACGUGCUACAUGAACUGCGUUUUACAGUGUCUAAUGUCGCUAGAGGUCUUUAAAGAGGCGUUCUACGCCGGCCGCGACACACGGCACCAGAAUGCCUGUAGAGAAAACCCCUACAAGUGUCGUAGUUGCCAGGUGGAGCGCGUUGCCAGCGGCCUGCUUUCCGGUGAAUUUUCCAUAAGUGACAAUGAUGAGCCCAACGGUAUAACGGCACGUGAGUUUAAGCAAGUUUUCGCGGAGGGGCAUCCCGAAUUCAGCACCAGUGAGCAGCAGGACGCCCAGGAGUACUUUUUAUAUCUAUUGGAGGAAAUGCGCCGCUACGUCAAACCCUCAUGUGUCGACGCGAAGCAAAACCGGCACCCGGUUGAUAUUUUUAAGAUGAAGUUGGAGAAUCGUGUUGAGUGUAGCUCUUGCCGCAAGGUACGUUACACGUAUGAGUCAGACUGUUGUCUUUCGCUCCCCAUCCCCCUGGGUACCGCAGAGCGGAGGUCUGCUUGUAACCGCAAACUCACGGAAGAAGAAAUUGAGGCAAGUCGUCCUCGGACCUCGCUGGAAGCCUGUAUAACAUCUUUGAUGAAAACCAUUGAAGUAGACUGCAGCUGUAGUGCGUGCGGGAACCAGGUCACCUACAACGAAACUGUACGCGUGGCGACGUUUCCGGAUGUUCUCGCAGUUUACCUCCGUCGGGCACACUUCGACGCGGAGACAAUGACAGUGACGAAGCGGGAUGUGUUUGUAGAGGUACCGGAGGAAGUUGACUUGGAGUAUCUUCGUGGAAAGGGACUACAGAGCGGUGAAGUGGAGAUGCCUUCCAAUGAGCGGGAACUGCGACACAAGCCGGUUUCCGCAGCGCUCACGCCGGUGGACGAGAUGGCGCUCGCUACACUGCUUAGCAUGGGUGUUGAUGAAAAAAUUGCAAAAUACGCGCUGCAGCAGACAGGCAUGAACGUGGAGAGGGCACUUGAUUACGUGUUCAGCCGCAACGACAUUGAGGGGGAAAUCGCAAGGGCCGAGGGCUCUGAAGGUCAAUUGGUUUCCCGCGGGAAUGUCACUGCACCCGAGGUUGAUGGACCGGCAAGCUACCGAUUGCACGCCAUGAUAAGUCACAUGGGAGCCAGUGCCAAGACGGGACACUAUGUAUGCCAUAUACGGGAUGAAGAAACAGGGAAAUGGUUGUUGUUUAAUGACGAAAAGGUGGCGGAGUCAAAGCAGCCACCCUUUGCCUUGGCAUCUCUUUACUUUUACAAGAGAAAAAGGGUUUCUAAUUAG